AUGUCGCCAACGGGCUCACAACAGCUAUCUAAGAAGCGAAAGAUUGCCGUGCUAGGAUCACGAUCGGUCGGUAAAUCGUCUCUGGUUGUUCGAUUUGUGGAAGAUGCUUUCGUGGAUUCCUAUUACCCAACGAUUGAGAAUGUGUUUGAGAAAACCGUCAAGCACCGCGGACAAGACUUCCAGUGCGAUAUUGUCGAUACAGCAGGGCAGGACGAAUACUCGAUCCUGAACUCGAAGCAUGCAAUAGGUAUUCAUGGUUACGUACUCGUGUAUUCCAUUGCUUCUCGCACGAGUUUCGAGAUGAUUCAAACUGUUUAUGAUAAGAUCCUGAAUUAUACUGGCACAUCCACAGUACCAUGUGUGUUGGUGGGUCAGAAGAGCGACUUGCACUCCCAGCGCCAAGUCUCGGAAGCAGAAGGCAAAGCACUUGCACAAUCAUUACAUUGCGCAUGGAUCGAAACAAGUGCGCGACACAAUGCUAACGUUGCCAAGGUGUUUGAACUUGUUCUUGCCGAGAUUGAAAAGGCGUCAUCGCCUGGCGGUGCUGAAGCGCAGCCGUCCAAGUGCGUUGUGAUGUAG